ACCUGUAAAUUCUUGUGAAAUAAAUUCUGUAAAAUAUGGCAGACACGUGUUGAUGAGUCCUGCGCUCUGAUUGGUCAGGAGAUGGUGAUUAGUUCUCCAGAAAAGCAGCUCUGAUUGUAGUGCAGGUUUAUAUUAAGGCACUAGGGUUGGUUAUCGUUUCCAUGGUAACGCCUCGUUUACAGGGUUGUGUACAGUGUACAUUCGAGUGACUUAUGAUGUGAAUGAGGAACAGGUCACGUUUAUGGAAGGAGUCUCCAGUUGCAGUGGUGUAACAGGAACAUAUCACGUAACAUGGCCAUUCCCACAGUGCCCCCGUCUGGGCUGGAGGAUCUCCAGCUCGUUUGUGAUGGGCAUGGUGGGAUCCUACAGCUGUCUGUGGACCAAAUACAUGAACUCUGUGUCAGUGCACAACCAAGAGGUUCUUCUGGAUCUGGUGGACAAACGGCCGGAGGAUACGCCGCUCAUCACCCUGUCCAAUCACCAGUCCUGCAUGGACGACCCUCACAUCUGGGGAGUGUUGAAGCUUCAGCAGCUGUGGAACUGGAAGAAAAUGAGAUGGACCCCGACGGCGUCUGAUAUUUGUUUCACAAGGGAAUUCCACUCUGGUUUUUUCAGCAGAGGAAAGUGUGUACCGGUGGUUCGAGGUGAUGGAGUGUAUCAGAGAGGGAUGGACUUCCUGGUAGAGAAACUAAAUCAGGGUGACUGGGUGCACAUAUUUCCUGAAGGGAAGGUGAACAUGACAGAGGGGUUUAUCAGGUUAAAAUGGGGAGUCGGGCGUUUAAUAGCAGAAUGUUCACUCCAUCCUGUGAUCCUCCCUCUGUGGCACGUGGGUCUGAAUGAUGUUCUUCCUAAUAGUGAGCCGUACAUCCCACGAGUAGGAAAGAGAAUAACCGUGUUAGUCGGAAAACCGUUUACGGUGAAGCACAUCGUCGAAGCCCUGAGAGCGGAAAAUAAAUGUCCGGUGGAAAUGAGAAAAACACUGACUGACUUCAUCCAGGCCGAGUUCCGCACUUUAAAAUCUCAAGCUGAAGCUCUUCAUCAGAGGAUCCAAACCAGCCGGUGAUCCACACACAGCUGGAGAACCUGGGGCACAUGGAGAACUGCACUCCAACACACACACACACACACACACACACACACACACACACACAGGUGGUGUGAGACCGAAUGAGGUGAAAGGUCAUAUGUGUAAACAAUUUUUCAGAGAUGUUCUCAGCUGCUCCUCGGAUCUGUACGAGGAGCCUCACAGACACACAAACAUUCUCAGGUUCUGUGGAAUGCAGAUCUUGUGCUCCUGUACACGAAGAGUAGAUUUUUAUACAGUUUUGUAUUUUAAAAGCAGUUAUUACAAUAAGGACUCAUUUCUACAUGGUUUAUUUCAUUCAUUCUAUCGUUCUCCUGUUUGGGUUCAAAUGCAGUGUGUGGAGGAAUUGAGUCUCCAUCAGGUCAGUAGAUCACCUGGUUUGGUUCUGUGUAGAACCCUACAAGAGAGAAAUUAUUUAAUUUAAAACUGUUAAUGAAACUGAAGAACCCUGUAACUCUUUAAGAGAAGUGUCCAUGUAGAACUCUUUGAAGAACCUUUAAUCAUCCAGUAAACCUUCUAAGAGUGUGUGCCAAUCCAAAAUGGAAUGUUCUCCACUUGUGAUGCUAAGAAACCCAAAAUUACUCCUAAACACUGCAGAACCCAGUCACUGUUUCACCCUGGGGUUCUAAAUAAAAGCUUUUCAGGAAACCAAGAACCUGUAAUUAUCCAGCAGAAAGUGUUCAUCAGGAGAACACUUUUAUUAAAAUGGACCUAUAGAGAAAGUAGAACUUAGAACCUUUCAGCAAGACUCCAGAAACUUCUGUUAGUAAUCCAGUGAAUCUUUAACUCAGUGUUCCAGAAAGGAACCCUGGGAGAACAAAGAACCACACAGCUGAAUGUGUUCCUAAAUGAUUUCCAGUAGAAUGAUUUUUUUUUAAAAGCUGAUAAAGCUCAUCUUCUUGAAGAACCCAAUUGUUCUAAAUGUAUUUUUUUUACUCCUUAACAUCUCAAACCUGUCAGGAGUUUCUAGAAGGGUUCUUUAAGUGGUUAAUUCAGGGUUUUAAAAAAGGUUCUAAAUGUUCUGAAAAGGAAAAAAGAUUGUUAGAGUUCUAAACAGAACCUUCCAGAUGUUCUGCAGGGAAACAACAGAAGAACCUGUAAGUGUUGUGUAUUAUUCAGGUGUGAAGUUUGGAAUAAAAAUGAAGGAUUUGGA